AUUGUAACAAUGGUAAUGGUGCUGCUAUGAAUAAGGUGCCACAACCACACUCAGUCAAGGAGCAAUUGCCUGGAAUUCAGUAUUGCAUUAACAGUCCUCCUCCAUGGCCUGAAGCAAUUGUAUUGGGGUUCCAGCAUUAUCUACUGACUCUUGGCAUCACUGUUUUGAUACCAAGCAUAAUUGUUCCUCAAAUGGGCGGUGGAAAUGCUGAGAAGGCAACAGUGAUGCAGAACUUACUUUUUGUUUCAGGUUUAAGCACACUUUUUCAAUCCUUAUUAGGAACCCGACUCCCCACAGCGGUAGUAGGUUCAUAUGCUUAUUUGAUUCCUGUUACUUCUAUUAUCCAAGCAAGCAGAUACAAUUCUUAUUCAGAUCCUUACGAGCGGUUUGUACGGACAAUGAGAGGGAUACAAGGUGCACUCAUAGUUGCCGCAUGUUUCCAAAGUGCAAUGGGAUUUCUAGGAUUAUGGAGAAAUGCUGUGAGGUUCCUUAGCCCUCUGUCUGUUGUUCCAUAUGUGACUUUUACUGGACUUGGACUUUAUUAUCUUGGCUUCCCCAUGCUUGCAAAAUGUGUAGAAGUUGGCCUUCCGGGCAUCAUUUUCAUGGUUUUCAUUUCACAGUAUCUUCCUCGUUAUAUAGAAUCAAAGCAGCCCAUCUGUGACAGAUUUGCUGUCCUUUUCUCUGUUGCAAUUACAUGGUUAUUUGCUCAACUUCUAACCUCAACUACUGUGUACAAACACAAACCUGAGAACACUCAGAUUAGCUGCCGCACUGAUCGCGCCGGACUCAUUAGCACAGCUCCUUGGAUAUAUAUUCCUUAUCCCUUUCGAUGGGGAAGCCCCACCUUUAAUGCUGGAGAAGCCUUUGCAAUGAUGGCUCCUGCUUUUGUAUCUCUCUUUGAGUCAACUGGAACAUUCUUUGCAGCUGCAAGAUAUGGAAGUGCGACACCCGUGCCACCUUCUGUUAUUAGCCGUGGUACUGGUUGGCUGGGAAUAGGGGUUUUGCUCAAUGGCUUGCUUGGUUCUGUUACUGGCACUACUGCAUCAGUUGAAAAUGUAGGCCUGUUGGCAUUGACAAGAGUUGGAAGCCGCAGAGUGAUUCAAAUAUCAGCUGGGUUUAUGAUUUUCUUCUCUGUAUUUGCAAAAUUUGGAGCUUUUUUCGCUUCGAUACCACUACCGAUUGUAGCAGCUUUAUACUGUGUUCUCUUUUGCUUUGUCUCUUCUGCUGGUCUUAGCUUUCUGCAAUUCUGUAACCUGAACAGUUUCCAAACAAAAUUCAUAUUAGGCUUCUCUUUCUUCAUGGGUUUAUCAGUUCCACAGUACUUUAGAGAAUAUUAUCAAGGCGGUUGGAGAUCAGCUCAACCUACUGGUUGGUUCAGUGACAUAGUGCUUGUGAUCUUCAUGUCUCAUACAACAGUUGCUGCUUUGGUUGCUUUGUUCUUUGAUUUAACCCUUUCUCGAGAAAAUGAUGAAUCGAAAAGAGACAGUGGCUUGAAGUGGUGGGAGAAAUUUAGCUUAUACAAAUCAGAUGUUAGGAAUGAUGAAUUCUAUGCAUUACCCUGCAGCCUCAACAAGCUUUUCCCAGCUCUUUAACCCUUGAAACUAAAUAUUCACAACAUGUUCUUAACCUCAUUUAAGAAAAUAAAAAAAGAGUAAACUG